UGUAGACAUGCUUUGCUGUUUACAGGCCUACAUCGUGAAAACCGUCAUCCGCCAGUUCUUUCUUCAACUACCGACAGAUCAAUUAUCAAUCAAACCCUUACCAGUUCCCACUAUCCCUACGGAAAUCUCCAUUUCACAUACACACGGGUAUACCUUGUGUGUGUGUGUGUGUUUGAUCUUCUGCUUUUGGAUUAAUUGAAAAGCAGCGGUUUUGCGUUGUUGAUUUGUCAUUUUGAAUUGGAAAAAUGGCGGAUGAUGCUUCGGACAGGAUUGUUUACUUACACGGUGACCUGCAACUCAACAUUAUAGAAGCACGAAACUUACCUAACAUGGAUGUCUUCACCGGUCACAUCCGCCGUUGCGUUACCUUUGAGGCCUGCCGGAACGACAAUUCCUCCGCCGCAACCACUGACACGAAGUUGCGUUCUGGUCACCGGAAGAUAAUUACUAGUGAUCCUUAUGUCAAGGUUUCGGUGCCUCAAGCAACGGUGGCGCGUACGCGUGUGUUGAAGAACUCGAAAAACCCUAAAUGGGACGAACGAUUUAUUAUUCCGUUAGCCCACGCCCUUGCACACUUGGAGUUCCAUGUGAAAGACGAUGACGUGUUUGGUGCUGAUGUGUUGGGAAGUGUUAAGAUUUCGGCGGAGAAGAUCGCCACCGGCGAGACUAUUUCCGGUUGGUUCAAGAUGGAGAAUUCAAGUAAGAAAAACUCGGAACUCAAACUGGAAAUGACAUUUUUUCCGGUUGAGAAAAAUCCGCUUUACCAGCAUGGAAUUGCCGGAGAUCCGGCACAUAAAGGCGUCAGAAACACUUACUUUCCGGUAAGGAAAGGUUCUCAGGUGACAUUAUACCAGGAUGCUCACGUUACACCGGAUUGUAAGAUGCCUGAAAUUCAAUUAGACGGGGGUAAGGUUUAUCAGCACAAUUCGUGUUGGGAAGACAUCUGUUAUGCUGUAUCGGAGGCUCACCACAUGAUAUACAUCGUCGGUUGGUCUGUUUUCCAUAAAAUUAAACUGAUCAGAGAGCCUACCAAGCCACUACCAAGAGGAGGCGAUUUGACACUCGGUGACUUGCUGAAGUAUAAAUCUGAAGAAGGGGUUCGUGUACUGUUGUUGGUCUGGGAUGAUAAAACUUCCCACAAUAAGCUCUUCAUAAAAACGACUGGAGUGAUGGGGACUCAUGAUGAAGAAACCAGGAAGUUCUUCAAGCAUUCAUCUGUCAUGUGUGUGCUAUCACCUCGUUAUGGAAGCAGCAAACUUAGUUUUUUUAAGCAACAGGUUGUUGGAACUGCUUUUACACAUCAUCAAAAAUGUGUACUUGUAGAUACACAAGCAUCUGGUAACAAUAGAAAAAUUACUGCAUUUAUAGGUGGUCUUGAUCUCUGUGAUGGGCGUUAUGAUACACCUCAGCAUAGGCUAUUUCAUGAUCUAGACACUGUUUUCAAGGAUGAUGUUCAUCAGCCAACAUAUCCAGCAGGAACCAAAGCUCCAAGGCAACCAUGGCAUGAUUUACACUGCAAGAUUGAUGGUCCUGCUGCAUAUGAUGUGCUUUUGAACUUUGAGCAGAGAUGGAAAAAGGCUACUAAGUGGAGAGAAUUUGCAUUUAUUGCCAAGAAAAUGGCCCAGUGGCAAGAUGAUGCAUUGAUAAAGAUCGAGCGGAUUUCAUGGAUUAUUAGUCCUAAAUAUCCUGUUCCAAAACAUGGAGAUCACACCAUUGUUCCUGAAGAUGAACCAUUGUUGCAUGUUUCCAAGGAAGAUCAUCCAGAUAACUGGCAUGUUCAGAUUUUUCGGUCUAUCGAUUCUGGAUCUUUGAAAGGAUUUCCCAAAACUGUUGAUGUUUGUGAAGCACAGAAUCUUAUUAGUGCAAAAAGUCUGGUGAUUGACAAAAGUAUUCAGACAGCAUAUAUCCAAGCCAUUCGCUCAGCUCAGCAUUUCAUUUAUAUUGAAAACCAGUAUUUCAUUGGAUCAUCAUACGCAUGGCCUGCAUACAAAGAUGCAGGAGCUGAUAAUCUGAUUCCAAUGGAAUUGGCCUUAAAAAUUGCAAGCAAGAUUAGAGCAGGAGAGAGGUUUGCAGUUUAUGUUGUCAUACCAAUGUGGCCUGAAGGCGUUCCAUCAUCCGCCACUGUCCAAGAAAUUCUCUAUUGGCAGAGCCAGUCAAUGCAAACAAUGUACACUAUCGUAGCACGUGAAAUCAAAGCUAUGCAACUUGAUGCACACCCUCAAGACUAUCUAAAUUUCUAUUGCCUUGGAAAACGCGAAGAAUUACCUCCAGGAAUGCCUCAAUCUUCCCCAGACGAGAAGGUCUCGAAUUCACAAACAUUCAAGCGCUUCAUGAUAUAUGUGCACGCAAAAGGAAUGAUAGUGGAUGACGAAUAUGUCAUAAUGGGGUCCGCAAACAUCAAUCAAAGAUCCUUAGCCGGAUCAAAAGACACAGAAAUUGCCAUGGGUUCGUAUCAACCCCACCACACUUGGGCGGCUAAAAAACGUCAUCCACACGGACAGGUUUACGGGUAUAGAAUGUCGUUGUGGGCGGAGCAACUUGGGGUGCUUGAGGGGUGUUAUGAGGAGCCGGGGAGUUUGGAGAGUGUGAAAAGGGUGAACGAGGUGGCGGAAGAUAAUUGGAGAAGAUAUGUGAGUGAUGAGUUUUCAGAAUUGCAAGGGCAUCUGAUGAUGUAUCCUUUGAAGGUUGAUGUGGAUGGGAAUGUGGGGUCGUUGCCCGAGUGUGAAAGUUUCCCGGAUCUUGGAGGGAAAAUUAUUGGAGCUCAUUCGGCUACGCUUCCUGAUAUUUUGACUACGUGAUUGUGGGCCCCGGGGUUAUGAUUGAUUCUUUUUUGUUUAUAUAAGGAUUUGGUAUUGGUGUAAAGGGAAAAGGUGUGUAUUGACAUAUGGUUUUGUUUUUGUUUUGGUUGUUGAAGUUGGAUAGAUGAGAUGUUUUGUUGUACAUUAAGCAAGUGGUUUGUGUUAAUUGGUGGGUAACUUGGUUGAUAUUCAUUUGAUUUGGGAGA